AUGGAAAAUCGAUUUAAUCGUGAACCACAUCUCCGUGACAACUACAACAAAUUUCUUCAAGAAUACCUGGACUUAGGUCAUAUGACUCAAGUACAACCAUUUCGAGGACCAGACUCUAAGGUGUUCUACUUGCCGCACUACGCCGUACUAAAAGAGGAUAGUACAACAACGAAACUUCGCGUCGUGUUUGACGCAUCAGCUCAGUCUGAAUCAGGAAGCAGUUUAAAUGAUUUUCUCGAAUCAGGACCAAAAAUCCAAGACGAUCUAAUGGAGAUCUUGAUGAGAUGGAGGAAGUUCCGGUAUGUCUACACAGCCGAUGUGGAAAAAAUGUUUCGGCAAGUGUUAGUUGCAGAGAAAUAUCAAGAUUUCCAACGGAUUUUCUGGAGGUCAGACCCGACGAAGCCAGUCAAAGAGUAUCGUUUGAAUACAGUCACAUACGGAACUGCGCCUGCUACCUUCCUCGCUGUUCGUGCAUUGAAACAACUUGCUGCGGAUUAUAAUGAUGAGUUUCCGUUAGCUGCGCAGGUGUUGCAGACAUAUUUUUACGUAGACGAUAUGCUAACGGGAUGUGACACAAAAGAAGAGGCUAUUGUGCUCCAGCAGCAAAUUUUGCAGCUUCUUCAACGGGGGGGCUUCAAUCUGCGCAAGUGGACCAGUAAUUCUCAAGCUCUUCUAGAAAAUAUUCCAGAGAACCAGAGAGAAACCGGGAUAUGUGAGAUUUCACCUGAGACGAAAAUCAAGGCACUAGGACUACUCUGGAACCCUGAGAAAGAUGAGUUCAGCUAUAAUUUUUCAACGUUCGAACAGAAUAAGCUCUCCAAACGUCAGCUGCUAUCAAAUGUCGCCAGCAUCUACGAUCCAUUGGGCUUUCUCGCCCCGGUAACUGUGACAGCUAAGAUCCUCAUUCAAGAAGCAUGGAAGCAUGAGAAAGAUUGGGAUGAGGAGCUCCCGGAAGAUAUACGAAAGGCAUGGAAUGCCUUCAAUGACGAACUACACUAUAUCAAUAACAUACAAGUUCCAAGAUGGAUUCACCACAGGAACAGUGAAGUCACAGAAAUCCAUGGAUUCUGCGACUCCUCAAUGAAGGCCUACGGGGCGGCAGUUUAUGCAAGGACUGUAAGCCCAAUAGGAGUUAUAACAACAACCCUAAUCGUCGCCAAGACUAGGGUAACACCCAAGAAGAUGAACACUGUUACUCUACCAAGAUUGGAGCUAUGCAGCGCCCUACUCCUAGCACAACUACUCCAAACUACUUGUAGAAUUCUAGACUUGACCAAUCCGCCAACAUACGCUUGGAGUGACUCGAAAAUUACGAUUGCAUGGAUCCAGAAACGUCCCGAGAAAUGGAAUGACUUUGUAGCAUGGAGGAUUCGAAGAAUUCAAGAGCUUACCUCCCCUUGCAUUUGGCAUCAUGUAUCAACUAAUGAUAUAAACCGGCGGAUGCGGCCUCCAGAGGAAUCCUUCCGAAACGACUCAAAACUCAUUCUUUAUGGUGGCACGGUCCAGAGUGGCUUUCUCAACCAAAAGAGAGCUGGCCAAUGCAUAAGGAGAACGAAGAAACAAAUGAAGAAAAGGCUGUAG